AUGAAGGCACUUAUUUUAGUUGGGGGUUAUGGCACUCGACUCCGGCCUUUAACAUUAACUUAUCCCAAACCGAUAGUGGAAUUCUGCAACAAACCCCUUUUACUACAUCAAAUUGAAGCCCUUGCCAAAGUUGGAGUAUCAGAGGUGAUAUUAGCUGUUAGCAAAUGUGCUGAUCGAAGUGAUAUCUUAGAAAAAGAGUUAAAAAAGUAUGAAAAGAAAAUUGGAACUAAAAUUACAUUCUCCUAUGAGACUGAAGCAAUGGGAACUGCUGGUCCAAUCGCCUUAGCUAAAGAUAUGCUCCUCGUGGACGAUAGUCCAUUUUUUGUGCUCAACAGUGAUAUCAUGUGUGAUUUCCCGUUCAAGACAGUCAUGGCAUUUCAUAAAAAUCAUGGAAAAUCGGGAACUAUUUUGGUGACACAAGUUGAAGAACCUUCAAAAUAUGGCGUUGUUGUUUACGAUCAAACAACUGGACGUGUGGAUCGUUUUGUUGAAAAACCAAUUGAAUUUGUUGGUAAUAAGAUAAAUGCCGGUAUAUACUUACUUAAUCCUAGUGUUAUUGAUAAGAUUCCUUUACGCCCAACUUCCAUUGAAAAAGAGAUAUUCCCAGAGAUGGCAAACGAGAAACAGCUUUAUUGCAUGACAUUACCAGGGUUCUGGAUGGAUGUUGGACAACCGAAUGAUUUUCUCAAAGGUACAAAUUUGUAUCUAAAUUACUUAAAACAAUCAGAUCAUUCGAAAGAAUUAGCAACUGGAUCUAAUAUUCAUGGGAAUGUUUUAAUCCAUCCAACUGCUUCAGUUUCACCUACUUGUGUUCUUGGACCGAGUGUUGUUAUUGGACCAGAGUGUAUAGUUGAAGAUGGAGUAAGAAUUCGUAAUUCCACCUUACUUCAAGGGAGUAUUAUUCGUUCGCAUUCUUGGCUAGAAACUUGUAUAAUUGGUUGGCGGUGUACUGUUGGGCAGUGGGUAAGAAUGGAAAAUGUCACCGUCUUAGGUGAAGAUGUCAUUGUAUCUGAUGAAUUAUUUGUAAAUGGUGCACGUGUAUUACCACACAAAAGCAUUGCCCAAUCAGUUGUUGAACCACAAAUUAUUAUGUAA